AAAAAGGAUGAUGCAAGCCCAGGUUUUGUCUGCUGUUGUGAAUCGAAUGAAAAUAGUGAAAACAAUAAAUUACGGGCAGAAGUAUAUUACUGAUCUGAAAUACAUUAAUGAAGGAAACGUGUGUGUUUCCGUUGUAAACAUAGAGGGCAAUGAUUCUUCUUGUAGGCAAGGAUAUAGUCCUAUUGGAUUUUUCUCUACUUUUGGAUCCUGUUUGUGUUUUAUGGGAAAUUUUGAUUAUGAGGAUGUCAUUUUCUGGGAUACAAGUAGCAGAUCACUGAGAACUUUAUCUUCUUGGACUUUGCCUUAUGAACCAUCUAGCGGAUACACACCAAACGGAAUAGCAAUGUGCAAAUCGGGAGCCAUUUUGGUUUGUCUCUGGAACCAUCAAGUACAUGAACGUUCUUUAGGUAAAGUAGUCAAGCUUUCUUUCAACGGAACUGCACAAUUCGAAAUUGAGUCAGAAAAAAAUCGACCUCUUUUUAUUUGUCCGACCUACAUAACAGAAAAUGGAAAUGGUGACAUCUGUGUUUCUGAUGUGAAUGCUGUGGUAGUUACAGACGCCGGUGGCUUCCUGAGAUUCCGGUACACAGGAGCACAAGGUGACACUCAGUUUGAUCCAUACGGCAUCUGUUGUGAUUCCAAGAAUAACAUCAUUGUAGCGGACAUGGUAAAAAAUAGAAUUUACAUGAUUGAUCAAAAUGGUGAGCUGCUUUACUAUAUUCAUUACAGUGACAUGAACAAGCCACGUGCUCUCUGUAUAGACGAGGAUGACAAUCUGUAUGUUGGGGAAUGGUUGUUUGAGGAAAUCAAAGUCCUCUCACUUCAAUGACUUUAAAGUAUUUUAUCCAUCG